AUGGUCAGAUUGAUAACGCAUAAUAUUUUAACUUGUGCUGCAAAAGGUUGUAUAGAUAGUGGAAAGAAUUAUCCAUUGAGUUUCAAUGUAAGAAUUGAAAUAAGAGAGCAAGAAUUUAAUGACGAAUUUAUUAAAAGCUUCUUUCAUAAACUUGAUUAUAACGUUUUAAAGUCCACACUUCAAUCCCUUGGUGACGAUACGCUCAAAGUAAAUGAGAUUGAUGAUAUAAAUAGCCAAUCUGAAGAGUUUUUGAGAUCACUCCAUAGAGUUUUAUUAGAGAUGGAUGUCACUCAAGGUGAACUUGUUUGUCCAAAUUGUCAACACAAGUAUCCAAUAAAUGAGGGUAUUCCAAAUAUGUUGUUAGCUGCACAUGAAAUAUAG